CUAAUUUUAGAGAAAAUAGCUGAGAAACCGAACCCGUUGAAGCUUCUUCUGGAUUUCCUGUGUGAGGGCGUUGAUGUAAGCGGAGCUUCGAGGCGUCGGAGGACCUUGCUCUGGCGGCAUUUUCUUCGAAAGUUCAGGAAAAAGGACCUACUUACCCUACCAAUACCAUUUGAGAGAGAAUUCUAAUCCAAACAAAGCACAUGCACAUAGCUUGAUUCUGCUCCGUGCUCGCCUUAAAUGGAAGCCCAACCUUGCAUCCGAAGAUUUAACAUAUCUGCAUCGAACUUUACAGAAGGAACUGUAGAAAUUGAUGAAACGGAUUCCUUUUUAAGAAUAGUUGCAUGCGGAAUUUGCAGUUAAUUCAAUGGCACGAGGAUUCCAGGGAAUCUUCAGGCGUGGAAGUGAAGCAUUGGAAGCGUUGUGCGGUGCUGUGUUUCGAGAUGUUGUGGCGUGUUAUCACAUUUUACACGUGUUGUCCGGUUUUUUGGAUCAGACGGUUUGGGAAGGCUCACCGGCGUAAUCUGAUUGGACCACGUGUAAGACCCGGUGGAGUGUACUGGACGGGACGGAACGGAACGAACUCGGAGGAGCGGGCGUUCAAGUUCGGCCGAAAAAAGGAAGGCCCAUUUUUGUUGGGUUUUAAAAUCUCUAGACCUGAUUCCGCUUUGUUGACUGGAACCUGAAGAAGCCCAUAAUUCUGCCCCAGAGAGAAGCCCAUAUAUUUUUUGAUGAUAACAAGCAUCAGUUGAGACUUGAGAGCUCCAAUAAAAGAUAAAGGUUACA